AUGUUUAUCACGGUGAUGUCUGGAGCCGGCUGCUGGGAGCUGGUGAACCCCUGGUGCAGCCUGGUGAUCCUCAUCACCCACCUGAGGCAGAGGGGGCAGGUGCCCUCAGAUGUGACCAUAGCCCUCCUGGCUGAGGACGGGCACCUGGUGAACCUGGCUGAGGGACUGGAGGAGGGGCCUUCCCCGGCGCCCUCCAUGGGCAGCCCCCUGCUGCAGGAGCGUGGGACCUAUGUCCUAGUGCUGAUCAUCAAGGGUGAGGGCGGGGCCCCCACCUGCUAUGAGUCCCUCCUGGAGAACCUGGAUGAGCGGUGUCCAGAGCUGACAGAGGAGCUGCGCUGGCUGUCGGGCCUGCCCCCACUGGGCGAUGGCUGGAGAAGGCGCGCCAGCACUCUGCAUGGCCACCAGGAGCAAGGCCCUCCUUCACGGCCCUGA